GAGACAGAGACAAGCAGGGGCAGGCAGGGAGGCAGGCGCCUGAGAGGCGCGGAUGCGUCUCACGCUGCGCUCCCUGAACACAGCGACGGGAAGAGCAGCGGCGGGGUGGCGGGGGGGGAGUCGAGGAUAAGGGGGAGAGUCCGAGAAACGUGAGCGCGAGAGACGAGAGUGGAAGACGUCGGGAGGAGAGAGCGAGAGGCGCGGAGUAGGAGGGGGAGUCGGGGAGUCGACAGAUAGACACGAGAGAGGGGGGGGGGGGGGUCGGGGAGACGAAGUGAGAGACAGGGAGAGGAGGUGACGAGAGUCGGAGAGAAGGGAGAGUCGAGGAGGUGAGAGUGGAAGAGACAGCGAGAGAGAGAGAGAGACGCGCCAUGGGCUACACCCAGCAGAUGAGGAGGGUUCCACUCCAAGCCCGGAAGAGGUAGCGGUGGGGCUGUGGACUCUUCGUGAUCCCCCCCCACCCCGCUAGCGUCAAUCGCCUCCUCGUCACCAACCUCGUCAAUUGCCCUCCUCGCACUCCUCGCCCCCAUGAGGAUUGAUUACGGAGCUGACCCCGGCAGAGCGAGGAGGAACGCGGCUACAGCUGAUGGCGGUGAGGCGGUGGUUGCCGAGCGGUUCGUUGUGGCUAUCAGCGCGGUGGCCGCACGGAGGAGGAGGCGGCGGCGGCGGCGGCAGCGACGCGUUCGGGCGCGGACGUGCGGCUGUGAUGCCCUCCGACCCCGACGCCUGACCUCACCAUGACGAGGGGCCUGGCCAGCGCCGUCACCGUGGCAACGGCCCUGCUUUGCGCUUUGAUCGUCGGAGGGCUGGGCGCGUACCACCGCGUGUGCGAGCCGUACACGGACCACGUGGACAAGUACCACCCGGGCUUCCACUGCCCGCGCCUCUCCGACGACAAGGCACGCCUCUACUGCUGCCGGCGCAGCAACGCCACGCUCAAGUACUGCUGCAACGAGAGCGAGUUCCAGCACGUCAUGGCCGUCAACCUCACUGCCGACGCCGUGGCCUACGGGCACAACAACUACGGCGGCCUCAUCGGCGUGUGGAUCUACGGCCUGCUGAUGAUCACCCUCGUGGCCGUCGACCUGCUCUUCUACUGCACCACCAACUACGAGCUGUGCCGCGUCUACCUGGCGCGCUGCGGCUUGCAGUGCCUCUGGGGGCCCGGCUGCCCCGGCUCGGCGCAGGCCAACGCGGCGGCAGCGGGCUCGCCGGCGCUCGGCCCCGCGGGGCCCGGCAAGGGCGCGGCGACGCCGUCUGGGGCGCCGUCGGUCUCGGCGUCGGUCUCGGCGUCGUACUCGGCGGUGCCGGUGGCGGCGCCGUCGGCGGUGCCGCUGCCCGUGGCCACGACGGCCACGGCGCUGCUGGUGACGCAGCCGCGCUCCGCGGUGACGACGGCGCCGGGCUGCUCGGCGCAGGACGCGGCGGCGUCGCAGGCGUGACACGGCGAGCCCGUGGUGGACUGACUGACGAUCGGGCGCAACGUGCGCAUGGCGUGCGUGCACCACGACUCGACUGCUCUCACAGUAGCCCGGAGACAACGCCACGAGCGGGAGGAGGGAGUGGGGGACGCUGCGCUGCCCGUCGUGGCGAGACAGGGCCACCCAACGGGGCCACCCAACGGGGCCACCCAUCGGGGCCACCCAACGGGGCCACCCAACGGGGCCACCCAUUAGGGCCACCCGAUCCGGGUGUGUGGCGUUGGAGCCAAACCGCGGCGAGAGAUUGGGGAGAAGUUGCCGGAGUUGUGUCUCGGCGAUGACGUGCGGACACGCGUUCAGGAAGAGCCCGCAGUUGAAGUCGCCUUGUGUCUCUCCAUCACCCUCUCUCUCUGCAAUUCGAAGCAACUUUGAGAGACUGAAGUCAACAUCUGGAAAAACCCGUUUACGAAAUCCCCACAAUGCUCACAGCUUAAUUCCUCGCUGGUAGUCUAGAGUAGGUGGUACGUGAAUAGUCGUAGCCACAGUCAUAGCGGGGGAGGUAUACUGGAUGUGGUGUGCCGGGUGGGGUGGCAAAUAAAGGCCGUGGCGGCGUCAUCGGCACUUGGACUGCAGGAACGCCACGCUGACCACAACCAAGAACUUCAUCUCCGAUGGAUCGACGCUCACCCACGUACACCAUCUGUGUGGAAUCAGCAGAGGUGCUUACUGCCUGAACCUGAUAGCACAGGUGUAUUGCACAGGAGGUCCUAAUGCUGUUGUAUAAUGCCAGAAUGAGCAAUGUGCUUUAAUUCUGCGUAUAUAUAUACACAUAUAUAGACGAAGAUCCCCCAUAUAGCCUUUAACACUGUUGGAGCAAGUGCUGUUAGCGAGCAGCUAUGAAGGCUUGCACAGCACACGAGGGGGUCUGUGGUUCACACC